UCAGAGUGAUGGGGCCGAGAGCAGCGGCGGCAGUGGCGGCAACGGCUGCGGCGGCGGCGACAGCGGCGACGGCUGCGGCAGCGACAGCGGCGGCGGCGGCGACGACAGCGGCGACGGCUGCGGCGGCGACGGCGACGGCGGCGGCAGCGGGGUCGGCGACUGCGACAGUGGGGGCGGAGGCACCGGGGAAGGGGGACGCGGCAAGGACGGACCGGGGGUACCACCAGA